AUGGCCUCCAACUCCAGCUUCCCAGGCACGAACCCCUUCGCCCCCGGAUCUGCCUCGUCCUUUGCAAAGAUAUCCGAAGAGGAGGAAUACGAUGUGACUUCACCGACGGAUCCCAGCUUCCGGAGCGGCCAUGCGGGGACGACGCCACGGGGUCCCUUUUCGAGCGCAGCGGGGCUCGACUACGAUGAUAAAGUACACAACGAAAACAAUAAUAACAGCCACAAUAAUGCGAAUAUAUUUGCGAGUCCCUUUCAAGACAGAGGAGAAGGGUUCAGCGCCGCGGACCUCAGGGCGGCUCGACCUAUUGCGGGCCAAGGGAUGCCGAAUAACUAUGCCCUGGGUCGACGCACAUCUGUGUCUGCCGAGUCAUUGAAUCCCACAUCUUCUGGAUCAGAGAGCUGGACUCCGCCUUUCCACCCAAAAUCAGAUGACCAGUUAUCGCGGUUAAAGAAAGCCGUGAGCGGGAAUUUUCUGUUCUCGCAUUUGGAUGACGAGCAUCUCAAGACUGUAUUGGAUGCAUUGGUCGAGAAGCCGAUCCCUGCCAAAGAUAUCAAAGUAAUUACCCAGGGCGACGCAGGGGAUUACUUUUAUAUUGUCGAAGACGGGACUUUUGGAGUGUUUAUCAACCCUUUGGGAGCGGCACAGCCUGGUCCAGAUGGACUCGGCAAUCAGGUUGGAAGUAUAGGACCCGGAGGCUCGUUUGGAGAGCUAGCAUUAAUGUACAAUGCCCCACGAGCAGCGACUAUAAUGUCUCUAGACGCCAAGUCGACAUUGUGGGCAUUGGACCGUGUAACCUUUCGACGAAUUCUGAUGGACUCGGCGUUCCAGCGACGACGCAUGUAUGAAGCUUUCCUGGAGGAAGUGCCGUUGUUGUCGUCAUUGAAGCCCUACGAGCGAUCCAAGAUAGCAGAUGCAUUGGACACGAUCAAAUACGUAGCAGGAUCAACAAUCAUCCACGAGGGAGACCCAGGCGACGCUUUCUACCUGUUAGAGGCAGGUGAAGCCGAAGCUGUCAAAGCCGGAACAAGGGUUAAAGACUAUUCACGAGGCGACUACUUUGGAGAAUUGGCGCUUCUAGACGAUAAGCCGCGAGCAGCGAGUGUGAUGGCGAAAACAGACGUAAAAGUGGCACGAUUAGGACGUGAUGGAUUCAAGCGAUUGUUAGGUCCGGUCGAGCAGAUUAUGCGCCGGACAGAGUAUGAUGUUGAUCUUACCAAGGGUACUUAA